AUGCGCGCCGACUGCUGCGCGCACGCGCGGGGUGUCUCUUUUUGUUUUUUUAGCUUUUUAACUAAUUGAAAAGUUAUAAAUUUAAUAUUUUUCAUGUCUGUUCAUCUCUUAACAUUGCUCUGCACCAGUUUAUAACAAUUAGAUUGCCCAAAAAUUUUAAAUAUCAAAGUUUCACUUGGCAAUUCUUUUUCAUAAAUUUGUUCGAAAGUGCUCGGAACAACUUUAAAACGUGAGCAGGGACACAAGGUAGUAUCACAAAAAUAUAAAAAAUCUAUUUCAAAACCGUAUUUCAGUGAAAAAGGCGAAAAAAGAAUCAGUACCCCCGCGCGUGCGCGCACCAGUGCCUGAGAGAGUUCAAGCGCGCGCAAAAAAAAAGUUUACGGUGUUCAACUCACCGCGUAUUCAGAAUUGUCAUUUAACUUCACGACAACAAAUAUCAGGACAAAAAUUUCUAUAAAUUUCUUGCCGUGUACACGCGUGUUUAAAGUAAUUUCGUGAUAUUUAAAAAUAGGCGUCGAAAAAAAUGAUAAAGAUAAAUAAGUUUCGGUGAGUUAGAGAUAAUUUUUGACUUUGCGGAAAUUAGUUUGAGGACGUCAUCAAUAAGUUUGGCUUCGAACUUUUCUUCUAUUCAAUCCAGUUUGUAUUAUUUAUUCCGUACGCUAUUUUUGUAAAUUUAUCAUUUGCAGGCAAAAUGAAACGAAUGAAUCCUUAUCAACGAUGUAUCAGCAGAUAGUAAGUUUCUUAUACUUUUCAAGAUUACCAAUUUUUUGAAGCGAGAGAAUGUAUGCGGCUGAAAAAGGAAGAAACCGAGAAGAAGAAACGCGAGAAAGGUUUUUAUUAAGAAAAAAUCUGAAGAUUUAAAAUAAAUUCAGAAGAAAAGAAGAAACAAGAAGAAGAUGAGGCCGCAAAAGCCGCAGCCGAGACUGCUGGUUCAUUUCAUUUUUUAUAAAAUAAUAAACGUGAGAAGUUUAGAACAAGAAAUGGAAAAUGAAUCGGACGAGUCUGAUGAAGAUAUAGACGUUGAAACAGUAGAAACGAGUCAGUUUUUUUCGUUUCUUUUUUUCUAUUUUUUUCAAUAUUUUUAGAAAAGGAUGAUAAGCUCACACUUGGUUACAUUUUCGCACGUAUGGGACCGCGAAAAACGAAAAAAUCUAAGGAAGAAAUUGAGGUUAUUAAUGUUUGAGUGUAAUAUGGAAAAGUAGUGUUCAGGAAGACUUGAGAGUUAUAAACGAGAAGGCGAAGCAGGAAAAUUUGACAAAGUUAGUGGUCAAAACAGAACACAUUCCGGACAAGAAAGCGCGUUCUUUAAUGGCUUUCAUUUUUUCCGAGGUUUGAUAAUGAAAAAAUAGGAAAAAAGAACAGUUUGCAGCUUCAAACACAGCGCGACGAUAUUCAAAAGCUUAGAAAAGAGUUGAGAGAAGCCAAGGAACCCGAAAGGAAGAAGAAAAAAAGGGCGGUGCAGACGAGGAAGACCUCCAGUACUAUUUCAUUGAUGUUUGCGUUUCAUUUUGAAAUUUCAGAAAAAUUUAAUUUUGUUUUUUUAUUGGAGCUUUUGAUUGGCUCACCACUAUGCUGUCUGAAAAAUGUCAUAUUUUUUGUAAGGCUCCGUUUUUUUUUUUACUUUUUUUCCGCCGAACUUCUUCAAAAGAACUUUAAGAACUUCGUUUUUUUUCCUCUUUUUUAUUCUGUUCAGAAAUCCCUUCAUUGAACUUAUAAAAAAGGUACAGAGGAAUUUUUUUCAUUUUUUUCAUUUUUGAUGUCUUUUUCAGUCUUGCAAGCUCCAUUGAACCUUCUCUCAAACUUUAAAACGGUAAAAACACGUUUCAGAUUAAAAAUUGAUAUAAAUCUAACUCAUUGAAUCGAAUAGAAUUAUGAAAUUUCAGCCGAAUCGAUAAAAAUAAGAAGUUUUUUUUUUGUCCUUAUCCCCUCACUAUCGAUUCCUUAUAACUCCUUUGAAUAGAUUAAGCUUAAUAUCGCCAAUCUUCCCCGAAAAAAGACGAGAUGGGUAGAUUGGCAAGGGUGACGCGUUGCGUACGCGGCGCGGCUUUUUGGCGGGAAACUCGUGCCGUGUUCAAUUUGAUUCCGCGAAAUGCAAAAUACCCGUUAGAGAAAGGAAAAGAUCACUAAAUUUUGGAGAGUCAGAGAUCAUUUUGCAUUUCACGGAAUCAAAUUGAACACGGCAUCGAGAUUCAACUCGACCCGUUUUUUUUUCAUGUUUUUCUGGUUUUUUUGACAGUUUUUCAAUUAAUUUCAAUUUUAAUGGUUUUGUUUUCCUUGAAGGAUGAAAAGUGAGAAAAUACAAAAAACGUAAAAAAGGUUUUUAAAAAAUGAAUUAUUUCCUUUGACUCCAAGUUGCCAGUCGAAAAGCCGCGUCGCGUACGCAACGCAUAUCCCUUGCCAAUCUAGUCAUUUUGCCUGGUUUAGUAAUUUUCAUUUCUCCCGACUUGAAAGGCGGGACGCUUAGCGUGCGCGUACGCGGUUCUUGGCACGAGUUCAAAUCAAACUCCAGCGACUAUUUUGAGCUCUUUUCAUUUAUUUUUAAAUUCGUUUUUGAAGAUCAUUUUUGCAUUAAAAAAUAGUAGAUAAAACGCAAAAAGAGCGAUAAACAAGCGCUCAAAAUAGUCGGUGGCGGUUGAAUUGAACUCGUGCCAAGAACCGCCCCUUGCCCCGGCUCCCUCGCCUUUCAAGUGAUGGUAGAAAGGAAUUUUGGUUCCCCGAAUAUUCGGGAGCAUUAAUUGUGCAUACACCAAUAUUGGAUGCUCGAAUCUUUGAAAAUUUGAAUCUUUGAAAACGAUUCUUGGGGAUAUUCCCCUCUUUUUUGAAUUUCCAUCUCUUCUUUCCUUCAUUUUUUUUCCUUUUUCGUUCUAUUGUGAGGAUGUCGUGUUUCGACCUCAAAUGAAAACUGUAUGAUUUUUUUUCAACUAACUUUUUUAUCAAAUAAUGCGUCUUUCUCGCAUAGACGUAGUCAAAUAUUCGCUGCAGAACGGCUACCACAUUUUCAUUUACUCUGUAUAUAUUCUCCAUCAACUUCUGUUAACAAAAAAACAUUGGAAAAAAAUAUAAAAAAAUCAGAAAAAGAAGUGAAUAUUCCCAAGAAUUUGUUUUUUUAAAGAUUCGAGCAUCCAAGAUUGGUGUAUGCACAAUUAACGCUCACAAAUAUUCGUGGAUCCAAAAUUCCUUCUUACCAUCUUUCAAGUCGGGAAAAAUUGACUAUAUCUAUUAAAACCCUAAAAUAUUCAGCGCGAGCAGUUCGAAGACACGAAAUGUGUCGAAAUCGCCGGACGUCGCCGAGCCGCCUCGAUUUCCGUCGCCCAUCAAGAAGUUUUUAAAACGGCUUCUUGGACUGACGAUUAUUCCAUCGUAGAGCAGAUUGAAAUGCUCGUCAAACACUUUUUGCAGCAGGUCCUAUUUUUGGGAACUGAACAUUUCAUUAAGAAUCGAUUUUCAGUACUUCCUGCCCGGCAGCGAAAUCGUCGCAUAUCACUGUUUCGACUACGAUGCUUCGAAUUACAUUUUAAGUGGGAAUAACUCUCAAAAAUCCCAUGAUAAUCUUUAAUUUUCAGCUCAAAUACUCAAUGCCAUAACUCUGAAGGAAGAAUUUUCGGGUUUGGUCGGAAAUCAGAGAAAUUGGGACGAUUGGACCGAGGUUAUCAACGCCGCCAUUAAGAAAAUAUUGUGAGACAAGUGAAAAAUGAUGGAAAAUUAUGAAUUUGUUGAAUAGGAUCGCCGGACGUCGUGUUAUCCCACUCUGGAAGCCAUUUUCGGCUGAAGAAUUUGAAGAAAUUAAUCGGCCAGUUGGUAAGGAUUUAUUCAAGAGAAGUUUUUAUAGUAAAAAGAAGGUGGCAUUUGGUUGGAAAAAAUCAUGUUGGAAUAAAUUUUAGUUGGAAAAAAUCAUCAAGAAACCAUUUCUAACUGCUUUUUAAGGAAGAAAUUUUGACUUUUUCGCUUUUUUUUCUAAAUUUUGAAGAAUAAAAAACUUCAUGGAAUCAAUAUUUUCAUUCCAGCAAAGAGUUUUUUGAUUAUCUUUUGGUAUAGAUCCCAAAAAAGACGGAUCUCCGGAAGAAGAACCACAGGACGACUGUAAAUGCAACCCGAGCACACUAAAAGAGCCGAGUCCACGUUGGUUCUAGCCACAAAUCGAAAAAUGAUCGAUUUUAUUCAAGCUAUGGGAUGGUAUACGAUCCCAGUAACACCGGACAACUACGAUUUUGCUCUAAAUGAGCCGUGUUGGGUUUACGAUGGCUAUGAUUGGUACUUGGGCGAGUUGGGAGAACGUGACGCCGAGAAGCGUCCAAUCGUCAAGAUUCACAAUGUGAGUUUGGGGCGAAAAAAAGUAGAAAAUUUUUUUAGAGUGUAAUCGAGGGAAUUUACAAUUUUUUAGUUCAGAAAACUAUUAAAAACUUACAAAACAGGGCGAGGAGACGUCAAAAAAUUUUUCAAAAAUUCAAAACUCAAGUACGCAGCCAAAGGCGAUUGAACAAACUAGAUAUUAACGUUGAAUACUCAGUGUAAUUUGUGACGUCAAAUGACUUAUUUUUAUCCGAAGCGCCCACUUACUUUUUUCUGUAAGUUCUGAAAUAUUGACGCCUCGCUCACCUUUCUUCCCAUCAGGAAAGCCGUGAAAAAUAGAUUUGAAAAAAAAGGCAAAAAAUUCUUAACACCUUUGCGCUCCAUGGCUAACUUCUUGAGGGAGGAUAGUUACUCGGACCUCUGUCUCGGAAACCGGACGGACCCGGGACAUUUCUGAGCAUUUCAAGUGACCACUUAAGAGUUGCGACGUCGCUAAAGGGAUCACUUAUGUUCAGAAACUUUUCCGUAACAGAGGUCCGAUUUUUUUGGUCCUGAAAAAUUAUAAUUGAAAUCGAUUCAGUAUGUCGCUUGUCUUUGGGCGGAUUUUCGUUUUCAAAGGACCUUUAAAAAAAAUUUCAAAACGUUAAAAACCCCACUGUUGAUUAUCUGUAGAGCGAAAAAGCCGGAAAAAUGUUGUAGCCAUUUUUCCAGCCGAGCUAACUCAGGGAAUCGGCGGGUGUACCCGUAUUGGGCCCAUAUAAGCACAGCGGGAAGAACUUUUGGUUAUUUUCUUAACGUAGCUGAGCUCUAGAAUUUUGAAAUGAACACAGCUGGGGACCUAUUUCUCCUUUCACCCGGUUUUCUCCCCGUUUUAGCCCGGUUGAGACCCAAAAUGCCUCAAAAAACGGGUGGACCCGUUGGGACGCCUGGCCAUUUUGAGUCUGUUGUUUUUCAUUCAUACAUGGGCUGGAUCUCCCCUCAGCGUUUUACGCGCGAAAAAAAAAAUUCAAAAAUAUACUAAGAUCGGCCAAAAAUUUUCUAGCCCAAGUAUGUUUCCAUUUUUCAGCUGGAGAAGCUCUGCUUUAUAUUCAAAGAUGAAACGGUGGAGACUUUGCGAAAAUACUCAAGUGACGCCGAGUGUAGCUACGCCGUUUGCAGGAACUUUGCCAACCAUAUCCACCGACUUGUGGCCGAUUAA